AUGACCGUUCCUAAAGACCGCAACAAUCCAGAAAGGCAAGACCAGGAAUCAGGUACCGAUGAGCGUGUGGAAGCGAAGACCGAGCUCAACAUUGCAAAUUUUACCCCUUCCCUAUGUACAUGUCGCCCGGUUGCUGAAAUUUGUGCCCGCUGCGCAGUUAUUGUCUUUUCCAAGUCCUAUUGCCCCCAUAGCGCCCGGGCCAAGUCUAUCCUCUUAGACAAAUACUCAAUUGUCCCAGCACCUUACGUGGUAGAACUUGACCAACAUGCAUUGGGCCAACCACUGCAAGCUCUGUUAGCAGAGAAUACUGGCCGCCGCACCGUGCCGAAUGUUCUAGUUAGUGGAAGAAGCAUUGGUGGCGGUGAUGAAGUGGCUGCUCUCGAUGAGAAGGAUGAAUUGGCAUCAACAUUGAAGACGAUGGGAGGACAGUGGGUCCAGGAGGGUUGGAAGCUCUUUGAUCAAGGGAAUUUGUUGAGUGAGGCAUUGCGUGUUGCAUCUACGAGGGCAAGUGAAAUGUUACACAUAACCAGUCUUAAGCGACGCACAACCCGUGAUUUUCACUCCACCAAAGAAAGCGACCGGCUGCCUUUGAGGAAUUUCGAUCCUUUCGAACGACCGACCGCACGACGACAUCGACAAUUCUCCCUCGGACAUUCCACAGCCCACGCAGUCAAGAUGCGGUACAUUCACUCCGAGGAACGGCUGCCCAUCCCCGAGAAUGUGAAGGUUCACAUUCGCUCCCGGGUUGUGACCGUUGAGGGCCCUCGAGGCAAGCUUGUUAAGGACCUCUCCCACAUCGCUGUCACCUUCGGCCGCCCUGAGAAGGAUGUCAUCUCUAUUGAGAUGCACCACGGUGCCCGCAAGGGUGUUGCUGCCCUGCGUACCGUCCGCACCCUCAUCAACAACUUGAUCAUUGGUGUUACCAAGGGCUUCAAGUACAAGAUGCGCUACGUCUAUGCUCACUUUCCCAUCAACGUCAACAUUGAGAAGAACGCCGAGACUGGCCUCUACGAAGUUGAGAUCAGAAACUUCUUGGGUGAGAAGUACGUUCGUCGUAUCACUGCCCAGGCCGGUGUUGAGGUCGCCACCUCCGCCAACGUUAAGGAUGAGCUUGUGCUCUCCGGCAACUCCCUCGAGGGUGUCUCCCAGAGCGCCGCCGACAUCCAGCAGAUCUGCAGAGUCCGCAACAAGGAUAUCCGAAAGUUCCUUGACGGUCUGUACGUGUCGGAGCGGGGUAACAUUAUUGAGGAAUAGAUGAUGACGGGGAUUGUCCGCCUUGAUGGGUAGUUAAGGAUGCCA